UAGGUUCAAUAGGAGGUAAGAGGUACCUAAGGUAGGCGUUUUUGCUACCGAACUUUCCAACUAUCAACUCCCUUACUUAAAUCUUAUAACCGCCACUUCAUCAUUCACUUGUUCGAGUGCGAAGUAAGAUACCUGUGUCUUAUCCUGUCUCGUUUAAUUCCUUCAAGCAUCUCAUCAACUAUCGACUCAUCUCAGCUUUAUUGAAGGAAAACAACAACAACAACAACCAUGCGCGUCCGAAAUAUGAACAGCAAAGCGCGGCUAUCACGGCCUGCCUUGGGAGAACAUGUAUCAUUGGGCACGUUUUACGAUGCCAGAACCGAUAAUUUCCUUCCCCAGUCUCUACUUAGAAAAGACGCCCAGAUAUUCAAGGAGUCAGCUUCAGCUCCUAGAGAUCAACCCCCCGAAGUCAAAGUCAUCUUCAACGAUUCCUAUUUUUCACAGUUUGACCUCAUGGACAUUGGUCCCGACUUAGGUGCCAGUAUUCUUGCCAAACUCAUUAAGCCAAGAGGAGCUUGUGCGUAUCUUGAUGCUCCUAAGCAAGGGGAGGAUAUCUUAUAUGCUGCUAUUCACCACAAGGUCGUUUCGUCACGAGAGAAUUUCAAUGUGCUGCACCCACGGAAUGAAAGCGUUGUGGAAUGGGAGGCCUUAAGGAACUCAUCGGCUACACAUUUUGUCGUUGGCAUCGAGUGGGGUAUUCAAAGCGUUGUCUCGAUCAAACAUGCAGCUGGCAGCCUAGAAGCCUGCAAGGCAGUUGAAGACCAGUUCAAAAAUGAGAUCUCCGAAUUCCAAUCAGCUGUUGAAACCGACUUCUCAACAGCGCCCGAGAACCCCCAUCAUAACUCAAAGGACAUGCCCCUUGAAGUCGCAACAUACUGCGAUAUACCUACAGAAUUUGGCGUUUUCGGGGACAGUCUGGAUAAUGCACGCUCUCACAUGAACCUUGUCCGUACACACAUUGAGACAGAAUAUUUUAACCUCGGCCGGCCGAUGAUGUACAAGCUAUUGCCAAUACAUGUUCUUGGAGUGCUUAUGGGGACAGAGGAUAUUGUUGGUGCGGCCAUGAGUGAUGUCAACUCGGAGACUGAGAAACGUCUCAUUCAACUAUUCGACCAGUUCUUUCAGUGUCAUAAGAAGCUUCGCGACGAUUAUGAUUAUAUUUCACAACACGAGAAGUACUGCUCUGAGCGUUUCCGCAGGGAAGCAAAUUCAAAGAUAUGGAAGCUGCAAAGUAACAUGAAAGACUUUGAACAGCAGUACACAGACGCUCUUGUCAAAGUUCGGGGCGGGGUAGAAGAAGAAAGUGUCCUCGAGCACCUCUAUAAUACUUACGUCAACAGCGAAGCAUCACCUACUACUCUAGUAAGCACGGCCGAUCUACAGAUCACCAAGAUCAAAUUCAUUCUCGAUGUCACGCAGCUAGGUGCAGUGUACAUCAGCAGCGGAGACCGAAUCACUCAUCCGACACCUGCUAAAAAGACAUACGUGUUCUUGAUCAAUGAUGUGGCUUUGAAAGACAGUAAAUCUUGGAAUGCAAAUACCGCCCUAUUCCGGUACCUAUUGGAUGGUCAGAAAUUCGAUGCAGAUUAUAUUAUAUGGGACGAUCAUGCUGUGGAGAACGUUUCAGCAUGCGUAUAUAUCUCCUGCUAUGAAAAAGGAGAAUUAGUUUCCGGGGACGUACUCGAAGAACAGAAUUGGCUGGCGAAACAAUGUUUUGUUCAGUACGAUGCAGAUACCCUUGAAAGCCAGGCUAUGCAGAGACCGCUGAAGAGACGUCUUAUUACCAUGCCUUGCCCAAGUCGUAACUGCAGUCGAAGCCGCAUAUGUGAAUGGAAAUGUUCUAAGUGCCGUACCCAAGUGGAGUUUGGGUUCACCGAUAAGUAUAUAUACUGCCAUUGCGGACGCAGCUUAUACAAAAACUUCAGCUUCAAGUGCGACCACUCGAGCCACGGCGGUGUUUACGAAAAGUGUCAAUCCCAGCAUGUAUUGGGGCAGCUGAGAAACCUAGGGGAUUCAGAAAACGUAAAUAUUCUGGUUUUGGGCGAGACAGGCGUUGGAAAAUCGACAUUCAUUAACGCAUUUGUCAAUUACUUGACAUUCAACUCCCUGGAUGAAGCCAAAGCCGAAGAGGAACUCAACUGGGUUAUACCAUGCUCGUUUUCUACGCAGAAAAUGGAUAGAAGCCGAUCAGAUGGAGUUAUCGAACAGAUCAAGAUCAAGGUCGGUACCAGCGAGGGCGAGCACGACGGCAGUGAAGGAGCGUCGGCUACACAACGAACAAUGGUCUACCCUGUCACCAUCGGCAACCGUACAAUUCGACUUAUUGACACUCCUGGUAUCGGGGAUACACGGGGGAUUCAAUACGACAAGAAGAAUAUGGCCGACAUACUAACAACUCUCAGUAGUUAUGACGACUUACAUGGUAUACUUAUCCUAGUCAAGUCGAACAACGCACGGUUAACUGUAACCUUCAACUUCUGCAUGAAAGAGCUGCUAACACACCUCCACCGCUCGGCAGCGAAUAACAUGGCCUUUGGCUUCACCAACACUCGCAUCUCGAACUACACCCCAGGCGAUACCUUUGGACCACUAAGCACCCUAAUACAAAACCAUUCUGAUAUUGGCUUAUCUUUGACAACACACACUACCUAUUGCUUCGACUCAGAAAGCUUCCGCUACCUGGCCGCAUUCAAGAACGGGGUCGUGAUGGAGAACGAGGAGGACUUCCGACGCAGCUGGAAGCAUUCGAGGAUGGAGUCACUGCGUCUCAUUGAAUAUUUCAAGUCUAAAAAGCCUCAUAAAGUUCAAAACACCAUCAGCAUCAAUGGUGCAAGGCAGCUGAUAGCAAGCUUGACUAAGCCAAUGGCCGAAAUUUCUGCUCUCAUCAAGGCUAAUAUUGCCAUGUCUGAAGACAGAGUCAAAGAAAUGGCGGAUACCCGUGUCACAGGGGAGAAACUGAAAGAGCGGCUUCAUAUACAGAAGAUGCAUUUACGCACCAAACCGCUCGAAAUGCCUCGAACAGUCUGUGCAGAUAAGGAUUGUAUCGAGCUCAGGGACGAUGGAGGAGGUGUGGUGGUCACAGUAUACAAAACACACUGCCACGCUGAAUGCUAUCUCGAUAACGUGCAGGUCGACCAAGUAGCUCACUCAGGCCUCAUCGGGUGCGCCGCUUUUGGCGGUAGCAAUUAUUGCAAUCGAUGCAGUCAUCACUGGCAAAGCCAUCUCCAUGUCCUCUUUGAAUUAGAGGAAUAUUUGGCAACAGUGACGGAUACCGAGGUCGAGCGACAAAUCCAAGCAAACGCGAACGAUGUAAUCCUCAGAGAGGCGGCAAUUCAGGCGCUGAAUAAUCUCAUCGCCGAGUAUAAAGAAGAGCAUAGUACGAUUCAGAAGGCCUCCGCCAGGUUUGGGGUUUUCCUAAAAAAAUACUCAAUCACUCCUUAUAACGAUGCGACGCUCGAGUAUCUGGACAUGCUAAUUAGGGACGAGGAGAUGAAGGUUCACGUUGGCGGAAAUAGAAAGCGUCUUGAUGGUUUACUAGAAGACCGCCGGCAGCACGAGGAGCUCGUUGACAGUUUGACGCGCAACAUGGACAACAAGUACGAGUUACAGUAUCAAGUCCUUAACGAAGCUGGAGUGGAGAAUCUCGUUUCUCAGCUGUAUGCUUUGCCCCAUUUUGGUGAAAACCUCCAGGCGGUCAAGAACACCAUAUCGACGGCGCAUGAGGCCACGAACCGGGAACACCCAAUCCAUGUGAAUCGGGGAUGGUAUUCGGCUUCUAAGAAUGUAUACAAGGCUACAGUGGAACGCUUCGUAAGAGGUAUUGGGGGGGCAUUCCAUCUUUGUCACUCAAGAAAUUUCAAUAGGUAUCUGCCUCAGAGGGUAUAUUUUUAUAACGGUUAGUGAGUUCAGAAGAUUGAGAAAUCGAAGUGGUAGGUCUCUGGCCUAGUGCGAGGAUAGCUGUUACGCGGAUUGCUCAUUGAGAUGUUAUAUGAAUAUCACGUAGUUAGUUUCAAAGUUGUGGUCCUGGUUGUUUGCUCACGAUAGUUAAUAUAAAGUCGAUCUCCUACGAGCACCUAGAAGA